AUGCCGGCACAGGUUGAGUCGAUGCCAGCGAGCGAGUCCGCGCCAUCAGCCGUCGCGAGUGCCCCUCCAGCGUCGACAAGUCCGAUCAAGCCACCGCCGGGCGCACCGCCGAUCAAACCACCGCCGGGUGCGCCGCCGGUCAAGCCACCACCGGGCGCGCCGCCAGUCAAGCCUCCGCCGGGCGCACCACUCGGAGCACCGCCGGGUCCACCGCCAGGUGCACCACCAGGACCACCGCCAAAUGCACCACCCGGACCACCUGCUGGAGUGCCACCGGGCCCCCCACCGGGAGCGCCGCCAGGACCACCACCAGGAGCGCCACCCGGUCCACCGCUGACGGCACCUCCGGGGCUACCGCUCGGACCCGUCGGUGCAGGGGCGGCGCCAGGGGCCGAGCUGAGUGCGAGCUCGGUGGAGGCUCAAGCGCACGUGGAGCGUCAGCUUCGGAAAGGGCGCAUGCGAUUUACGCUCCUCGAAGCGCGGGGCCUCUCGCGCGCCAAGAACUCGGACGCCAAGUUCAAGGCCGAUGUCUACUGCAAACUGAAAGUGGGCGCGCACGCCAAGGGCAUGAAGGAGCUCAAGUCGAAAGUUUGGAAAAAGGCUGGUCGGGACGUCGGGUUCCUUGAGGAGCUGCUCCAAGUCAACUUGGAGUCGCCGUCGCUCCUGGUGCACACGAACGAUGUGCUUUUGACGGUGGAGCUAUGGGACGAAAAUAUGAUUUCGGACGAGCUCCUCGGGUAUGCCAACGUGUCGCUGCUCCGAUUCUUUGACGGCCACGAGCACAAGGAGACGAUUCCGCUCUUGCACAUGAAGACCGGGAUGCCCGCGGGUGAGCUCGACAUUGCCUUUUGCCUGCGCAUUGCGACCCCGGGCUUGCUCAGCUUUAUCCUCAUGGAAGGCCGGAAGCUCAAAAACAUGGAGCUCAUCGGGAAGCAAGAUCCGUACAUCAAGCUCGAGCACGACAGCCGCAUGAAGCGCUCGAAGACGAUUGAUAAAGGCGGUACAAACCCGUACUUUGGCGAAGAAGAAAUUUGCUUUUGGAUCACGGCCGACUCGUGGGUCCAUGAUGUGAUUGUGCGCUGUUACGACGAAGACGUGGGGAGCGACGACUUUAUCGGCGAAAGCGCGCUCAGUGUCCUCGAGCCAAUGCGAACCCUUGGCGUUCACGACGUGGUGCUGCCGCUCCUCAAUAGCGGCAAGUCGGCCGGUGAAAUCCUCAUGAAAAUUCAAUUCUACCCCGCGGGCCGGCUCUCGCUCAACUGCAUUGCGGGUCGUCGUCUCCGGGACGUCGACUCGGUCGGACAGCAAGACCCGUACGUCAAGAUGACACUGGAAGGCGUCGGGAUCAAGACCGUCGUCCGCACCGAGAUCGACAUGGACGGCGGUGUCGAGCCCGAGUGGAACCAGCGCUUUGAGUUUGACGUCGUCGACCAGUUUACAUUAGCGGUCGAGUGCUGGGACCACGAUGGCCUGGGCGAAGACGACCUCAUCGGAGAAAUGAGCUUUUCGCUGCUGCCCAUCUUUCGCUACGGCUAUCUCGAUGAGUGGUACCCGCUCCGCUUCAAAGGCAAGUAUGGUGCCAACGAGAAGGCGGGCGAGCUCCAUUUUGAGCUCUCGUUCGUCGCGCCUGCCGACAGCAUUGGGUACCCCCAGCACCAAAUUGGUAUGGAUACAUUUGACGGGAAAGAGCGCUUGACCAAAGAGACGGCGCACUUGCGGGCGGCCGCGAAUAUCACGCCGCUUGAUGUGGCCCCCGUCACGUACUCGAAAGCGAUUCAAGACGCCAAAAAUUACGUUGGCGACGACAACACGUCGGAAUUUUCCGAAGCCGAGAUCCUCAGCGCGUUCAAAUUUAUCGAUUUGGACAAAAACGCGUUCAUUGGCGCGGCUGAGAUUCGACACAUUUUGAUUUGCAUGGGCGAGCUCAUCACGGACGCCGAAGUCGACAUGAUGGUCAAGAUGGUCGACCGCGACGGCGACGGACAAGUGUCGUUUGAAGAGUUUCGAAAGCUCGUCAUUCACCCGGAUCCGGGCGACCCGUCGUUCGACAAGGUGGCCGAGGCCGCGCCGGUCGAGGUCGCGGCCAAGACCGAGAUCGUCUCGGAAGAAGACCGACGCCGCGACAUGGAAACCAAAAUGCACAAAAAGGCACUUUUGGACAAAUUCAUUGCCGACAACAAUGUCAACUUGGACAUGCUCCGCCGCGUCUUUGGCCGCUUCCUCAAGUCGGAGAAGCAAGGAUUGAGCUUUGAAGACUUUUACACGCUGUUUGAAGUCGAGCCGACGGGCGAGUACCGCAAGCUGCACGCGUUGUACGCUGGCACGCAGCUCGCCGACAUUCGCGACAUUCUGUUGGGCAUGAGCAACUUGCUCGACAUUGAGAAGAGUAUGAAGGCGCAGUUCUGCUUCGAGAUUUACGACGAUGACCACAAUGGCUACAUCACGGAGAACGAGCUCGUGAACAUUCUCAAGGCGACGCACAUGACGACCGAGGCCCAAGUGCAGAAGAAGGCCAAGACGAUCCUGCGGCAGUGCGACGGCGACGGCGACUGCAAGAUCGAUCUCAACGAGUUUUACCUCAUUUCCAAAAAGUUCCCCAACAUCCUCUUCCCGUCCUUUAGCACCUAAGACUCCCAACAUGAUUUCAUUGUCGAACCCGA